UGCUGAAUUUGCUUUCUUCCAAGGUGUAGAUAUGACUCCUUAUUCUCAGACAUAUCAAAUACCUAGAAUCGUAUUCGCAAUGUUCCAAUUGAUGUUCGCCGGCAUCACUCCCGCUCUCGCCUUAGGAUCUGCUGCUGAACGUGGUCGUAUAUUACCAAAAAUCGUUUUUAUCUUUGUUUGGACUACUCUUGUAUAUGAUUUCAUCGCUUGUUGGUCUUGGAAUUCAAAUGGUUGGGUUAGUGUUAUGGGUGGUUUAGAUUUUGCUGGUGGUACUCCUGUUCAUAUCUCUUCCGGUUGUGCUGCUCUCGCUUAUGCACUAAUUCUUGGUAAACGUCAUGGCCAUGCUUUUGGUGUUAUUGGUGCCUUUUUCUGUAAUAUUGCUGUACAUUUAAAGCACAUUUUCGAUUUUGAUGAUGCGUUGGAUGUGUUUGCAGUUCAUGGUGUCGGCGGUUUAGUCGGAAAUCUCCUCACUGGCAUAUUUGCUCAAAAAUCAAUUGCAGCUCUUGAUGGAACUAUUAUUGCAGGUGGUUGGUUAGAUGGAAACUUUAUUCAAUUGGGCUAUCAACUUGCUGAUUCUGCUACUGGUAUGGGAUACUCGUUCGUUAUGACAUAUAUCAUUUUAUUUAUAAUGGAUAAGAUUCCUGGAUUAUCUCUUCGUGCUGACCCUGAAUCUGAGGCAAUGGGUAUCGAUGAAGCAGAACUAGGUGAAUUGGCCUAUUAUCAUAUUGACAAAAUUAUUUCUGUAAACAAAUUAACUGGUGAGACAAAAACUGUUAAAGAAGAAACAAUACUUCAAAACA